ACAGAGAAUGUGGAACAUGACGUCAUAUUCGUCACCCUCAGCCCAGCACUCACAACCUUAUGAUAUAAUACCCCAACGUCUCCGUCUGCCAAAGACUCCUACCUUGAAAAACCAACUACAUACGGCUACCGAACAUCUGAACUCAACUCUACACCAACAACACCAAAGUACACACAACAAUGUCGAACAACCGCACCACCUCCACAUUCUCCUCCGCCUCGUACUCCUUCUCCUCCUCUACCGUCAACGGCGAAACCCGGUCCCGCACCGAAGCCACCUACAGUGACCCCUCUGGCACCAAAGUCCAUCGCAGCUCGCAGGAGCCUGGACAGGCCGCGCGCGAAGAGAAGCUCGAGUAUGAUAGCGCUGGGCGGAGGAUUGAGAGCACGGGGGAGAGAGGCAGGAUCGAGGAUGUGACUGAUACCGAGGGACAGGCGGCGAGGGAUCGGGAGUAUGAGGAGAGGAUGGAGGAUGAGUAUGCGAAGAGGGAAGGCGGUGCGUAAGGGAUGGGGAGUGCACGAGAAAGGAGGUCUGAGAUAUGUAGGGCGAACCUAGGAGGGAAAGAACGAUCCCAAGAUGAAAAUGUAUUCUUAAUGUAUGAAUGCUGUUCCUCAAAAGGA